UUGAUAAAGUUAAAUCUGGACCGCGAACUAAGCUAUUUUCUCUUCUUGUUUGUUGCCGCCCUCAGCGUUCCCUCCCUCUAUCUCUCUCUCAUAAACAAUAAAAAACCCUAACCCAAAUCUUCCGCGCUUAUUUAAAUUUUAACUCCAUCAUUAAUUUCUCCCCCCAACUUUUCACGAAUCUUAGAACCGCGAGAUUUGAAAUCUGGUUUUUCAAUCGUCACGCAUUGUUUAUUCGUCAAUUUGCCAUAGAAUUCUAUGUGAUUUGGAUUCAAUAUCUGUAUAUUUCCUUUGAUUUUUUCGCUCUGUGUAGGUUUUUAUAUUCCCACAUAUUGUGAAGAUAAAUUCAUGUUUUAAAUUCGAAUUUGGAAUAGCGUUUCAGUAUAUGAACUGUGAAAUAUUAAGGUUCGUUCCUUUCUUCGGGUUUCCUCUUAUGAAUGCUGUCAUUAUCAGAAAUUUGGGAACAAACUGUUGUUGAAUGGAGGAGGAAGCAGUCUGUUUGGAAAUCUCAGCAGAGGAGGUUACGGAGAAUGUAAAUGCGAUGAAUUCUGAAUUGAAGCGAGACCGUGAAUGCCUUGAUCCGGAACCAAAAUCUGAAUUGGAGUCAUAUCCUAACAAGAAACAAGCGAAAGAAGUUUCCAAUGAGGAUAUUCGAUCAGAGGUUUCAAACCCAAUUGUGUCUCCCAAAGAAAACAUGUCUUGUUUCAAUGACACAAGCAGUAGAAACCAGGCUGGUAGCGGUGAGGUUACUUCUGUUUGUUCCCGGAAUUCAAGCUUUAAUGAGAGUCUCAGUGAUAGUUCUCAAAUGGGUGAUACAUCCAAUGCUAUGUCGAGUUCCCAUGUUACAUUGGAAAUUCCGAAACACUUGAGUUCAUCAGGGAUUAGGAAAAUUACUUUUAAGUUCAGCAAAAGGAAGGAGGACUAUGAUAAUGAAACUUUGUAUUCAGUUGGCGGUGAAUGUAUGAAUAUGGAAGAUAUUUAUGGGAAUGGUUCAUUUGAAUGGAGUGGUCGAUAUCCUUGUGCUCCCAAUUUGGAAAUGAAAAUGUCUAAGAAGGUUGUUCCGAGUAACUACCCUACAAAUGUUAAGAAGUUGUUAGGGACUGGCAUUCUUGAUGGAGCCCGAGUGAAGUAUAUUUCUAUCUCAAUGGAGAGAGUACUGGAUGGGAUUAUUCAUGCGUGUGGAUAUCUGUGUGGAUGCUCAUUUUGUAAUUUCUCCAAAGUGCUAAGUGCCUAUGAGUUUGAACAGCAUGCUGGUGCCAAAACUAGGCAUCCAAAUAAUCACAUAUACUUGGAGAAUGGGAAGCCAAUAUAUAGUAUUAUUCAAGAACUAAAGACUGCUCCACACAGCAUUCUGGAUGCAGUUAUAAAAGAUGUAGCUGGUACAUCCAUAAACGAGGAUUCCUUUCAGGAUUGGAAAGCUAGUAUUCAGCAAAGUAACUUAAAUGUUCAAGCAGAGAAGAUAUAUAACAUGAAACCUUCUAGUUUGCCUAGUUCUAUAAGGUUGAACUCAGUCAUGAAACGAAAGAAAACUGACGGUGGCAUGAAGAAAAGGGAUAAUGAUUUACACCGGUUACUUUUUAAGCCAAAUGGACUUCCAGAUGGAGCGGAAUUGGCCUACUUUAUCAAAGGACAGAAGUUACUGGAGGGCUACAAGCAGGGAAAUGGUAUAGUAUGUUGCUGUUGUGAGAGAGAGCUCAGCCCUUCACAGUUUGAAGCACAUGCUGGAAUGGCCGCCAGAAGACAGCCGUAUCGGCACAUCUAUACAUCUAAUGGAUUGACGCUUCAUGAUAUAGCAUUGUCAUUAGCAAAUGGGCAGUGUGUUACAACCGGUUCCAGUGAUGAUACGUGUGCAGUGUGUGGAGAUGCUGGAGAUCUGCUUCUUUGUUCUGAAUGCCCCCAGGCUUUUCAUCCAGCUUGUUUGAAUCUAGAGCACCUUCCUGAAGGUGAAUGGCAUUGUGCAAAUUGUGCAGAUGAACAUGGUUCUGGUAGAAAAGCUGUUUCUGGAGAAGCUUCAAGUACAGCAAGACCAAUUGUGAUACGAUUAACAAGAGUUGUUAAAGCACCAGAAUCUGAAAUUGGUGGUUGUGUUGUUUGCAGGGGACAUGACUUUAGUGGCUCUACAUUUGAUGAUCGAACAGUUAUUCUCUGUGACCAAUGCGAGAAGGAGUUCCAUGUCGGUUGCUUGCGGGAUAGUGGACUAUGUGAUUUGAGAGAAAUACCCGAGGAUAAAUGGUUCUGUUGUGAUGACUGCAGCAGAAUUCAUGGGGCUCUGCAGAGUUAUGUUUCCAGUGGGGUGCAGAUAAUUCAUACUUCAUUUGAAAAUAUAAUCAAAAGAAAGUAUUUAGAAAAAGGAUUAUUAAUUGAUGGAGCCACAGAUUGUGUUCAAUGGCGAAUGCUGAGUGGAAAAAGCCGUUAUCCUGAACAUCUUCCAUUACUUUCAAGUGCUGCCGCAAUAUUUCGAGAAUGUUUUGAUCCCAUUGUAGCAAAAUCUGGUCGUGAUUUGAUUCCUGUCAUGGUCUACGGGAGAAAUAUAUCCGGACAAGAGUUUGGUGGGAUGUAUUGUGUGGUUUUACUUGUGAGGUCUGUUGUUGUAUCUGCUGGUCUUCUUAGAAUAUUCGGUCGGGAGGUUGCCGAGCUGCCUAUCGUAGCUACAAGUAGAAAACAUCAAGGAAAAGGAUAUUUCCAGGCACUAUUUGCUUGUAUUGAGAGUUUACUGAGUUCCCUGAAUGUUGAAAACCUGGUGCUCCCAGCUGCGGACGAAGCUUUGUCAAUUUGGACAAAAAAGUUUGGCUUUGCUAAGAUGAGUGAGCAGCAAUUGUCCAAGUAUCAAAAGGAGCUUCAGUUGACGAUCUUUAAGGGAACGGUGAUGUUGGAGAAGAAGGUAGAGCUGUUAUCUGAGUAGUGCCGAUCAUCUUCCUUGCGAGAGUUCAUCAAAAUACCGGGAUUUGGCAUAUUAACAUUAGGUCUAAUUUGUGGUGUUGGUCUUAAUUUUUUUUUUGCUCCAGUUUUUGUUUUCAUCCACCAUAAAUGGUUUUGUUUUUUGUACAAAACUAUAACUAAACAAUGAAAGGAUGUAAAGACUUAGAAAGAAGAGUGAAUCAAACAUGCAUUGCAUG